AAUUCCCGUGAUUCCAUCGCGUUGAGCUAAAGCGGGGUCGAACUGCAUUAAUUCUACCGUGUAGGUCACAUCCUGGGUUGGACUUCCUUCCUCUCAGCCACGCAUUGCCUCCAUCAAAUGGGGAUAAAUCGCAAUGGCCUCCCUUGCAGGUUGUUGGGAAGAUUGUGGCUCUUGCCCCCACCCACAAAGAUGAAUAGGUGGAUUUUGAGCACGGCUUGCCGCUCCAUAAUCCUCCUGCUGCUUUUGAGCGGUGCUUUUGCCCGGAGGAGUCAAGAUCUCCGCUGUGGAGCAUGCCGGGCCCUGGUGGAUGAGCUGGAGUGGGAAAUUUCUCAAGUAGACCCCAAGAAAACCAUCCAGAUAGGUUCCUUUCGCAUCAAUCCAGAUGGAAGUCAGUCCAUUGUAGAGGUGCCCUAUGCCAGGUCUGAAGCUCACUUGACAGAACUGUUGGAGCGUGUCUGUGAGAAGAUGAAUGACUAUGGAGAGAAAGUAGACACUUCUACCAGCCGGAAAAACUAUGUGAGAGUGAUCUCUCAUGACGGAACCAAGAUGGAUCUUUCUGAAACCAAAAUUGAUGGUGAUGUGACAUCCAGCCUGAAGUUUGCAUGUGAGAGCAUAGCUGAAGAGUAUGAAGAUGAGCUCAUAGAAUUCUUCUCCCAUGAGGCAGAAAAUGUCAAGGACCGACUAUGCAGCAAACGAACAGAUCUUUGUGACCACGCCUUGCAUCUCUCACACGAUGAAUUGUGAAAUGCAGUGGCUUGAUGAAUGGGUUUAUUAGUCCUUUGAAGACCACCUCCCUUUUUCCAGUUCCUCUAAGUCUGUUCCAGAAACCUCAUUUCCAUUUUGGGAUGUGCUCGCUACAUUCAGUCUGGAAACCAACGAACUGACAUGUAAAAGAAUACACGAGCAAAGCUUCUUUGUAGACUUUCUUUAGGAAAACAAAAGAUGCUGUGUCCCCAUUUGACUUUUUGUAAAAUCUCUCAUGUGGAACAGAAGAAACUUCCAUUUCAGGAGUGCGGUUCAUUUUUUCUACUGCAUUGACAAUGAUUCUGUGUUGCAAAGUUUUUUUAAAAAAUGCUAUUGUCAUUCUGCAGAUUAAUUAAUCUGUAGGUUGAGCCACAUAAUUCAUGGAUUCCCUCCAAAGUUCACUAAAACUUGAAUCAUUGAAUCUUAUGAGUUCUAUUGUUAUUCUGCUACUAUUUUAUCAUGACACUAGGCAGAUGAUUCCAUUUCUCUAUGUAAUCUCUUGAAGAGCAUAAUUGAAGAAGGCCCCCCACUUAUUCAUUCCAAACAAGGAGCUACUGUAAGGAGGAUCAGUCAAUGGCAUAAGAGUGAAAAGGUUGACCAGCCACGUGGAGGCCCAAGAAGCUGUUGCCAGUAACUGUUUCACGCUGUUGGUGUAAUAGUAGGGUUACUUCUUGGAUUUGUUGGAUUUGUCUUGGAUAUGGGAAAUUCAUAUGAACCAGAUGAGCUAGGUCGCAAGCCAGUCUGAACAGAAUGCCUGUAAAGAAGUGAUUCCAAGUUCUCUUUGAACCAGUGGGCUGACCUUUGGGAAAGGCCAAUAUCCAUCUUAUAGAGUCCAAGAAGGUACUGGUUUGAAGCAUUAAGCAUUUGGAAAAUUAGGGAAAGGUGGGUCAUAUUCUUCAAAGGGCUUUUUAAACAUUUGAUAUCUUUUCUUCUUAUCACCUAUUUUCAGGAUUUUGGAUUAAAAGUCUGUCAGUGAUGGCAAGAAAAUAAAUCAUGCUGUGAUUCAA